AAACGAACGAAGCUCCGCCCACGUGUGACAAACAGCAGGCUAAUCAAAUCAAACCCACUCUGUGCCCUCGUGUCGCGUAGAAACUACGAUGUGUUUAUACUGCGUGUGUUCGAUGCACAGGACCUCUAUCACCUCUGAAGCACCGCGUUUUAUUUUGAAAGUUGUAAGCGGAAGUUAUCUUUCUAGCCUUCAGCUGCGCACAGCGGGGAUGAGCGGUGUCCUCCUGUCACGGCAGCUAAAGAUGGAGCCGUCAGAAAACCUGUCAGUCGGUGUGGACCCGGAUGCUACACCGACCCCCGUGGCUCUGGACACCGCCGUGCUGCUGCUGGGAGCGGGAGUGACAGCCGUCACACACCCGCUGCUGUACGUGAAGCUGCUAAUACAGGUGGGACAUGAACCUCUUCCUCCAACUGUGGGCACAACGAUGUUUGGAAGAAGAGUCUUAUACUUACCUGGCUUCUUCUCCUAUGCACAGCACAUUGUGAAGGUGGAUGGAAAGAGGGGACUCUUCCGUGGCUUCUCACCUCGUUUCAUAACCAGUGCCAUCUCCACCAUGGUCAGGAGCAACGUUAAACAGGUGGAGCUUCUAGCCAAGAGAGACGACCUUCAGACCUCACUCAAGAAAGUGGUUAAAGAGACCACACAUGAGAUGAUCAUCCAGUGCCUGUCCAGAGUAGCCACUCAUCCUUUUCAUGUUAUGUCAGUGCGUUGCAUGGCCCAGUUUGUUGGCAGAGAGGUCAAGUACAGUGGGAUGAUCAGUUGUAUUACCAACAUAUUUAAGGAGGAAGGAGUGGCUGGAUUCUAUGUAGGUCUCAUACCCCACAUGCUGGGAGAGGUUCUCUUCCUGUGGUGUUGUAACCUCCUCUCUCACCUUAUUAAUACCUACGCUGUAGACGACAGUUUCAGUCAGGCCUCAGCAGUCAGAAGCUAUACUAAGUUUGUGAUGGGGAUUGCAGUGAGUAUUCUCACAUAUCCAUUCAUGUUGGUGGCUGAUCUUAUGGCAGUCAACAACUGUGGGUCUUCCUCCUCGCUCUCCCAUCUUCAAGUCCUGGCUGCACUGCUGGAGUCACCUGAGCCACAAGGGUCAGCUCUACAGAGGAUCCAGCUUCUUUUCCCGCUGGGUGCCUGUCACCUCCCUGCCCUCCAUCGAGAACUGACAUCAUCACUGUCACCCUGCUGGGAUGUUCAGCAGAGACUCAGUUUCUCGCUUGCCAUCAAACAUCAGCUUUGGUUUGGUCUCAGUGGGGUGAGGACAGAGCUCGUUCUCAACUACUUUGCAUUGUUUAGUUCUCGACUGCAGCGUCCUCCUCGGAUGUCAUGGCCACCUCUCCAUAGGGCCAGCUGCAGAGGCUCAGGGGUUCUGCAGUACAUCAACAUCCUCAACCAACGUUUCCAUCGACAGCAGACAGCAGCUGUUAUAACCUCAUUGAUCUUAUCACAUGAUCAAACACAAACCCCAACACAUUCUGACCAGUCACCAUGACUGUUACACAGUACGAUGACAGUGAGGCUGAAACGACACAGGACAAGCAGCAUCAGGAGGCUUUGUGUGUCAGUGCAGUUCUACACAGUGUCUUUGUUCCUGUUUGUGGAAAUAGUGUGUCUAGUUUUACUGAGACUAUAUAAAGAAUUGCUAUUUUUUGUUUGUGUGUGUGGCAGGCUGCAACGUAACACAACUUAUGUAAUGCAACUUACAUAUGAUGGUAAAAACGUAAAACAGUACAAGAUAUUUAAAUAUGUACAUGUGUACAGGAGUAUGUGUCUUAAAUUUUACUUUUAUAUCAUGUUUGAAGAGUUUUCAGUUUGUUUUUAGAAUACCUUUCUGCAGAAACUUUUUUAUUCCAUAAAGCUGAAAAAUGUGUUGCAUUUAAACUGGUCGCGUCGCUUGUCUUUUUUCUUCGUGGAGCUGUGUUUUCAUUCAUGCUUCCUCGGCUGUUACCAAAAUAAAAGCUUUCCUACUCA